GGGGUCCCCAGGAGCACCCGGGUGGUGCCAGAGGAGCACAAUCCCACCUGGAACGAGACGCUGGCAUGGCCACUGGGCGCUCGUCCCCUGCACCCCACGGCCAGCCUGACCCUGCGCCUCCGGCACUGGGGACAGCCGGCCCCACGGGGGGACCUGGGUGCCACCACAGUGUCAUUGGACCAGUUGGUGGCCGACCCCGGGCUGCCGUUGGCCCUCAGUGACGUCCCGCUGCUGGACCCUCGGGGACAACCCACGGGGUGCACUGUCACCCUCCGCUGCUCCUACGUCCCCCGUGGCACGGCUGAGGAUGCCACCAUCCCCCUGCAAGUGCCACCACGAGUGAUGUCCCCGGGGUCACCCCACCUCCCCGACAAGCCCCCAGGGGGGAGCAAAGAGGAUUUCCAGGUACGGGUGAGGAUCAUCGAGGGCCACCAGCUCCAGGGCAAUGCCAUCAAGCCGGUGGUGACAGUCCUCAUCGGCCAGCACCGCUUCAGGACCAGGAUCCGGGUGGGGAACAACCCUUACUACAACGAGGUGUUUUGCCAAGAUUUCCACGGGACGCCCUCCCAGCUGGCAGCGGAGCCCAUCCGCAUCCAGGUGCUGGACUCACGGGCCACCCGCGCCAACGCCGUCAUCGGGGUCUUCCAGCUGGACGUUGGCACCGUCUACCGCGCUCCGGGACACAGCUUGAGCUGGAAGUGGCUGAGCCUGCAGCACCCCGGGCACCCCGACACCGUGUCCCGGGGGUACCUCCGCGUCAGCCUGGCCGUCCUCCGCGCCGGCGAGAAGAUGAUGGACCAGGAGGAGCCACCAGAGGACAAGGACGUGGAAGCCAACCUGCUGAGGCCACCACCGUGCACCGCCACGCUCCAGCUCCGCGUCUACCGCGCCGAGGACCUGCCGCAGGAGCCGGCUCGGCGAUGUCUCCCCACGGUCGGUGGCAAGAGGGGCUUCGUGGCGGCGGCGGUGAGGGUCAGCUUCGCUGGCAGGACGCUCUGCACCCGGGUGAUGCCCCCCGACGCCAACCCGGUGUGGAACGAGGUCUUCUUCUUCCCCCUGAGGCUGCCCCCCAUCUGCGAGGAGAUCCAGUUGGCCAUCCUCAGUGGGUUCCACAGGAGCAAGGUGCUGGCCACCGCCACCCUCCACCUCUCCCAAAUUUCCUCUGCCGGUGCCGAGCUUGAGGAUGGGACCCCUGGGUUCUUACCCUGCUUUGGACCCAGCUUCCUCCCUUUCUACGGUCCCCGGCCGGAUUCUGCCAGGACGCCCAACACCGUGGCCUAUCGGGGCCGGGUGCUCCUGGAGCUCAGCACCCACAUGGGGACCCCGAGCAGAUGCCAACAAGACACCAUCGCCCCCGAGGACAUCGCCCGGGUGCAGGGCCAGUUCCCCCGUCACCGCUUCGGGCUGUGUGGCAUCUUUUAUUCUGCCACCAUGGUGCCACCCGGCCCCGAGCUCCUGCGCUUCGAGCUCAGCCUGGGCAAUUAUGGGGACAGGGGGGAUGUCACCUGCAAGCCGUCCCCCUCCGUCACCCCCUACGGGUGUCCCCUCUUCGAUGGCAACCGCUAUCACUACCUGCCGUGGUACGGUGACAAGCCGGUAGUGGCCGUCACCUCCUCCUGGGAGGACACCAGCCACCGUUGGGAUGCCCUGAACCUCCUGCGUGCCCUUUGCCGGCGGUUGAGGAGGAACGUGGUGGAGCUGCGGCGGGCCCGUGGGGACACGGUGGGGGACAUCGGCAGGAGGCUGCUGCGCCAGCUGGCCCAGGACUGCGGGUGA